UCUGCCCUCCGCGGUCGAACGAUCCACUCAGUCUGGGCGUUUUUGCAGACUCUAUAUACCCUCUUCCUCUACGAAUCCUUCACUUUUGUAACGUUAUCAACCGAACUAUACGAUCAUGGCAAUGGACAGGCUUGCCGCUCUCAGGGCGCAGCGUGGGCAAGGAGAUGGGAGCUACCGCACGCAAGGGCAAGGUCAAGGAAGGGGGUACGAAAUGUCCGGUGUAAACCCGCCCUCGAAUCCGCAACCAGCGUAUGGAGCCAACGGUAACGGCGCGGGCGAAGGAAUGACAGAUUUCUACGGCGAAAUCGGCAACAUUCAAGACAUGAUUGCCCAGUUCGAUUCGAAUGUGUCCAGAAUAUCUGAUCUGCAUUCGCGAGUGUUGAACAACAUGGACGAGGCUCAGUCCAACAGAUUCAAUGCCGAAUUGGACGAGCUGGUUGGGGAAACAAGAAGUUUGAGCGGUCAGAUUAAAAGGCGGAUCGAGUCUCUGGGUGCGCAGCCCACACCUGGGGCUGACGCUCGUAUAAAGAAAAACCAGCUCAGUCUUGUACGGAAGAAAUUCAUGGAGGUCGUACAAAAGUAUCAGAACGUGGAAGCGGACUACAGGAGCCGAUAUAAACAGCGUGUCGAACGCCAGUUCAAAAUAGUGAAACCCGAUGCUACCCAGGAAGAAGUUGCCGCUGUUGUCAACAAUUCUUCAGGGACUGGAAAUCAGAUCUUCGCGCAAGCUAUCUCAUCAUCUACGAGGUAUGGCGAAUCCCGGGCGGCGUAUCGCGAAGUCCAGGAGAGGCAUGAGGAUAUUCGAAAGAUCGAGCAAACACUCGCGGAAUUGGCGCAGCUAUUUAAUGAUAUGAGUAUCCUUGUACAACAACAAGACGAGCAGAUUGACGCUGUGCAGACUGCUGCAGCAGGUGUGGAGAAGGAUACUGAGGCCGCGCUCGGACAAACCGAGAAAGCUGUCGUGUCAGCAAGGAAAGCACGCCGAAAGCGUUGGAUCUGCUUCUGGCUUACGAUCCUCAUCGCCAUCAUCAUCGCCGUCAUUAUUGUCGUUUCAAUCCGCCCCUGGCAGAACAAAGGCAACAACAACGGUGGCUCUUAAACGGCACUACCUACCGAUGAUACCCUCACGAAACCCUUUCCCCCACGACCCUCGCUAUGCUUUAUCUAUUAUUCUAGGACAUUACAUAUUUAAUAGCCUACGCGCCUGUCCGUUGCUUACUGGAGGACUUUCUAUACAUCGCAAGACCACAGUCUUGACUUAGUGUUACAAUCCCACAAAUUCUGCGUUGUGCCCUC